AUGAAGGCUGUUGUUGUGCUUGUCUUUGCUGUAUUCACUGGUGAGUAUGAUGGAUUAAUUAGAUUUUUUUAGGAGGCAUGAACAUGAUCCUAAUCGGAGUAAAAGUGAGCAGUUUGACUGAUGUUGUAUUUCAAAUGUUAUGUGUUUACACAGCAGGCUGUAAUGCCAACCCUUUCUAUGCUGAUGAACCUAAGUCACAGCUGGAUGUGCUGACUGAUACACUCUGGCACUAUGUUGCCAGAGCCAAACAAUCCACCGAUGAAACCAUUGAGAAAUUCAAGCAGACUGACUUUGGACAGGAAGUAAGGUAGGUCUUACGUGAUCAUCUGGGGCAUGCUUAUGAUGCAGUUUUGAUAGAGGUCACUGAAAAGUUUUCCCUCCAGCAGAAGCGAGAAAAACUGACCCUCUUUUCCCCCUCUGUUUAGUGCCGGUUUGAGAGAGGCCAGCAUGUAUGGUAAUAAGUUCUGGCAGCAUGUCCCUAAAGGAAUUCAACACGAAUUGGGUGCAGUCUCCAUGGGGUUUUACGGCCUUGGCGAGAGUGUAGAUCAAGGUAUGACGGCACUGAAAAAGAAGCUUGAUCCCAUUGUUGAGAGGGUGGCUCCUGUGACAGAGAAGGUGGCGAACGAGCUGACUCAGAGAGCCCAGCAGGUGAAAGAGAUGGCCUCCUCCUCUGUAGAAAAGCUGAUGGAAAAGGUGACCCCCUUGGCCCAGGAUAUCCAGGCUCGCUUUGACACCCUUUUUGAGUCCCUCAUAACCAGUAACUGA